AUAGACAAGAACACCAUGCUGCGCAAGAACACCAUGUCCUCCCUUGUCUUCCUCAUGGCGCUGCUGCUCUCAUGCAGCUCCAUUAGCAGCGCAGCACGGCACCUAGAGGAGGCCGUGCCCAAAAAGGAGUAUCCACCACAUCCGAUCGUCCCGGAGCUGCCGAAGCCCGAACUCCCGCCGCACCCUGCCGUGCCCGAGCUGCCGAAGCCUGAGCCACCGCACCCUCUCGUGCCCGAAGUGCCACACCCCAUGGUGCCGGAGACACCAAAGGAGCCUGAAGUGCCAAAGCACGAGCUGCCACCGCACCCAGCUAUGCCCGAGCCCCCGAAGCCUGAACUACCACAUCUGGUUGUGCCUGAGGUGGCAAAGGAGCCGGAAGUGCCACACCCCGUCGUACCGGAGGUGCCAAAGGAGCACGAGUUGCCGCACCCUGCCAUGCCAGAGUUGCCGAAGCCUGAAAUGCCACACCAUGCCGUGCCAGAGGUACCAAAGGAGCCCCAUGUGCCGCACCCUGAGGUACCGGAAGUGCCAAAGAAGCCUGAGUUACCGCACGCUGCAGUGCCAGAGGCCCCGAAGCAUGAAAUGCCGCCGUUCACUACUAGGAAAAGGCUUGUCCUUGAUAUGGAAGUCUUCGGUGCAUCGUCUCCUGAUGGCGUCGCGCGGCCGGUGACCUGCAUCACGCACGGGACCGUCGACGCUCCUACGCGACCGCGUGGACGCGCGAUUCGUCCACCACCAGCCCGGGUGUCAGGGCAGCCGGUUGUUUCUCCGGGAGGAAACAAAGUGACAACGACGCUCCGUCUCCGUGCGCCGCCGCCGCCGCCGCCGCCGCACUUCGUCGGUUCACCUCCGUGA